AUGUCGUCGAGUCGCCCCGCAGCCUUUAACACCCUGCGGAUGGGAGAAGUUAUUCGUGAGAAGGUUCAAGACGGCGUCACGGGCGAGACCAGGGAGAUACAAUACACCCAAUGCAAGAUCGUCGGUAACGGUUCCUUCGGCGUGGUCUUCCAGACCAAGCUAUCACCCUCAAACGAGGAUGCCGCGAUCAAGCGCGUCCUUCAAGAUAAGAGGUUCAAGAAUCGUGAACUGCAGAUUAUGCGAAUUGUGCGACAUCCGAACAUCGUACAACUCAAGGCCUUCUACUAUUCCAACGGCGAGCGCAAAGAUGAGGUGUACCUCAACCUGGUCCAGGAAUUCGUCCCCGAGACGGUCUACCGAGCGUCGAGAUUCUUCAACAAGAUGAAAACGACAAUGCCGAUCCUAGAGGUGAAGCUCUACAUCUACCAGCUCUUCAGGGCACUGGCCUACAUCCACUCGCAAGGAAUCUGCCACCGCGAUAUCAAGCCGCAGAACCUCCUGCUCGACCCGAGCACGGGAGUCCUCAAGCUCUGCGAUUUUGGGAGCGCCAAGAUCUUGGUGGAGAACGAGCCGAACGUGUCGUAUAUCUGCUCGCGGUACUACAGGGCACCCGAGCUGAUUUUCGGUGCGACCAACUACACAACGAAAAUUGAUGUGUGGUCGACAGGUUGUGUCAUGGCAGAGCUCAUGCUGGGACAACCCCUCUUCCCUGGAGAGUCGGGCAUUGACCAGCUCGUGGAGAUCAUCAAAGUCUUGGGCACACCCACACGGGAGCAGAUCCGGACCAUGAACCCGAACUACAUGGAGCACAAGUUCCCCCAAAUCAAGCCGCAUCCCUUCAACAAGGUUUUCCGCAAGGCGGAUGCCAAUGCUAUUGAUCUGAUCGCGAGGCUGCUCGAGUAUACGCCCACCGAGCGUUUGGGGGCUAUUGAUGCAAUGGUCCACCCAUUCUUUGACGAGCUGCGAGAUCCCAGCACCAAGCUCCCCGACUCGAGGCACCAGACCAAUCAGUUGAGAGAUCUGCCCUCGCUCUUUGAGUUCUCUCGUCAUGACGAUGAUGAUCACGACCGCCGAGGGCCGCGUCGCCGCUUCGAACCACCUCCCCAUGUCCGGGUUCGCAAGCAGCUUCUGUCCAUUGCGGAGAACCCGAUGCGCCCAUGGCACGAGGAGGUGCAGUCAAUUGCGAACCUCAUGACGGACAAUUACGACGAUGAGAUGCUUCGCGGAAACUUUGUUGACCUGAUCCUCCAGCUGUCCGUGGAACAGCCGCUGAAGACGCCGUUUCUCGCCGCCGUCAUCCUGGUCGCCAAUACCAACAAGGUCGAGAUUGUCGACCUGCUGCUGGCCAAACUGGCGGCUGCAAUUGAGAACAACAUCGCCGCGGGAGAGUGGCGGGACGUGAAGCUGUACUUGAAGCUACUGGCCUGUCUGCAGAGCCUCCUUGAGGGCGACGGUGUCUUUCCCAUCCUGGAGGACUUGUUCUCCCGCGCCGUUGACCUGCAGACGGCCAGCUCGGACGACACUAUCGGAACAGAACUCGUCAAGGUCAUCUUGCUGACGAUCCCCUACAUCAUGGCAGCUGCACCUGGUCAGUGGCAGCAGAAGACAGCAGACCUCAUGGAUAAGACAGAGAUCAUCGCCGGGGAACCCCACGCUCUACAGGCCCUGAUCGAUCCAUACCACCCCGAGGCUGGCGAGGAGAGCCCGACCGUGUCCAUGAGCAUGAUUGGACUACUCCAGAAACAGCUUCAAGGCGAGGCGAGCAGUGGCUGGGAGCUGACUUGCUUGCCGCGGCCAUGGAAGUUCCCCAUUGAGGACAUUGAGCAGCAGUCGAAGCUCGACGAAUGCGCCAAGCAUGCGCUCCCGGCGAUCAAGAUCCCCGAGACAGUCGUGGCUGGGCCUCGACCCCUAUUCCCGGAGAUCUACUUCACCGUUUACGCGGACCAGGGUGUGGAGUCGGUGCCGCCGGCGACUAACAUCGCCGCGUCCUUGAUCAGGGAUGCCCUCCUGGACACCAUCAACAUCCUCCAUUACAACCGCAACGUCACUGCACGAAGUUUGAUCGAGGUUGACUGCUACUUCUCCCCGAAGACCUUCAUUGCUCGCGCCACGCCCUUUGACCGCCUACGGGAUGUAGAGCAGGGCAAAUCGACCUGGAAGCCCGAGGAUGUGGCCGUUGAUGCUGUCUUCUCCCAGCUGUUCCAACUGCCAAACCCCGAGCAUAAGCUGGUUUACUACCAUUCAGUCCUAACCGAGGCUUGCAAGCAGGCGCCUGCAGCAAUUGCGCCAAGCCUCGGCCGUGCAAUCCGCUAUCUGUACAAAAACGUCUACCGCCUCGACCUUGAACUAACAAAUCGCUUCAUCGACUGGUUCUCGCACCAUCUGAGCAACUUUGGCUUCACAUGGAAGUGGACCGAGUGGGUUGAUGAUGUGAACCUCCCAAACCUCCACCCGUCCAAGGCCUUCGUCCUGGGAGCCAUUGACAAGGAAAUUCGCCUCAGCUUCGCCCAGCGGAUCAAGAACACCCUUCCGGACCCAUAUAAACCCCUGAUUGGAGCCGACAUGGAGAAAGAUGUGCCAGACUUCAAGUUUGCCGACGACCAAACUCCAUUCGCUGCCGAAGGUCGCGAGAUCGCCAGUCUCCUCAAGAGCAAGGCGCCAGAGGACGAAAUCCAGUUGGUGAUUGAGCGGGUCCACGCCGCCGCACUGGAUCUCAACCUCGACCCGCUUGUCAGCAGCACCGACGUCUUCGUGACCGCAGUUCUCCACGUUGGUUCCAAGUCGCUCUCGCACGUGCUCGCCGCCAUCGAGCGCACCAAGGACCGCCUGCUUGACGUCGGCGCCGCCUCGGAGGCCGCGCGCACCCAGAUCAUCUCGGCCGUCAUGGCCUACUGGUCCGCCCAUCCGGGCGUGGCCAUCACCAUCGUUGAGAAGCUGCUCAACUACAGCAUCCUCUCGCCCGCGACCGUCAUCCAGUGGGCCCUCGUCCGCCAUGCCGGCGACUGGAGGGGCGACGUCCUCGGCCGCGCCCACAUCUACGAGCUGGUCUUCAGCACUGUCAUCAAGGUCACUGGCCGAGUCCGACAGCUUGUCUCCACCCAGCGCGCCGCCCCGGCCACAAAGCCCGCACAGGACGAGAAACAGGAUCUUCUCGACGCAGAGGAGGAAGAAAGGGCCACGCGCGAGAGGGAGGUCGAGGCCAUGAGGUGCCUGUUCCGCCUGAUCGAGGACUCCCUCGCGGGCUGGGCGUCGGGCAGCAAGGACGAGCUGAUCGAGGCGCCCACGGGCGGCGACGGGGACGGGAGCAGCGAGCACGACGGCCUCGUCAGGCGGUGGGGCCAGCGGUGGCUGCGCGUCUUCCGGCGCAGGGCCGCCAUCGAGGAGGCGUUCCUGCUCGAGGCCGCCCGGAAGGCGGCGGCGGCGGCGGCGGCGGGUAGGGCUGCGGUUGAGAAUGGGGGUUCGUAG